CCUACCACACGGAAUAGCUAUUGCUAAUGAUAACGAUAACGAUAAACAAUAUGAUAAGCCACAAAAGGAGGGUGACAGGUCGAUGGAAACUGUUGGAUCAUCACAUGAAACAACUAUUAAUUGCAUAAACAAUAAUCAAUUAAAUAAUAAAUGCUAUUCGGGUAUUCGUAAUUACGAUGUUCCAAAGGAUACCAUUAAUAGUAAUAUUUUGGAGAGCAGAUCUCAACGAGUGCAACCAUUGAAACAACCAUUACUUUAUGGUCAUCAUCGAAAGCAUUCAGAAUCACAAAAAGCAUCAACACGACCACCACCUCCAACUAUUGUUCUCAGGUACUUACUUCUAAAUAGCAAUUAUUAUUGCUACAGUCAUGCUUCACAAUAA